AGGCUGAGGUAGGAGAAUUGCUUGAACCUGGGAGAUGGAGGUUGCAGUGAGCCGAGAUCGCGCCACUGCACCCCAGCCUGGGCGACAGAGUGAGAAUAAAAGCACUGAAUGAGGCCUCCUUUGAGCUAGGGCUGGUGUGAACAAGGCUGUGAACACAACAGUGACAAGAACGACCCCAGGUCCUGCCUUACAGAGCUUAGUCCGGUGUGGGUAGACAGCCCCAUCCUCAGACAGUGACAGCCCCGACUGGUCAGGGCGAUGGGUCCCAGGCCGAGUCGCUGGGCUGUGUUGGGGAAGGGGGUGCUACUGCGCAGGCGCUGCGGGAGGCCACUGGGGCUCAAGCAACUCGGAUUCCCGCUCAUACGGCCGGCCGAAUCACGUGGCGACCACUGUCUAGCCCAACGUUCCGGUCCUUCACAUCCCCCUUCCCUCAUGAGACCCCCUAGCGGAUCCCUGCCCCGGAACCGGACCCCACAGACGCCCUCACUGCCCUUUCGCUUCCCAGUGGAGCUGGGUUCCGAGAGGGAUCUAGACACCCAGGUGGGCCGUCUGCACCACGUGGCUGUCGCGGGGGAGCCCAGGAUGGGGCCCGGCCAGGCUCCUGCUGAGAGCCUCCUGUGGAUGGGCCACACCGUGACCGAGCAGCAGCUGAAGGCCCCUGGAACCCAGACAGAUGUGCUGCUGGCUGACCUUCACCACUGCAGGCCUGCUGGUGAGCUCACAGCGGCUUCAGCUCCCAUGCCGUGCAGCUGGUGCGGCCAGGCUCGGCUAAAGUGGGCCACGUGGAGCACGGGCGCCUCCUGUAACAGCCCUGGCUGCGGCCCAGGUCCAGGUCCCUGUCCAGCAGCCGUUGGCUCACCAGGCCCGUUGGGCUCCACAGGCUGCAGAAGGGCUACCCCUGGGGAGGCCCAGGCCCAGGGCUUCCCCAGCCCCCUGAACUGUACCCAUGGCUGCCACUUGAGCUGAUCUGUGGUGACAUGCCCACCACCACCUCAGACCUCUACAGCUUCUGCAUCCUGGCCCAGGAGGUCUUCACUGGUCAAGAAAGUGUGCUGUGAAGUGGCUCACAGAGCCAAGACCACACCCAGGUGUGUGCCCCCUGUGAUGUCCCCAGGACCCAUCCCAUUCCAGGUAGGAGCCAGGACGGGGCUGUGGGGGACCAAGGGAGCUGUGGGACACCUGGGCAACCCAUGCCAGCUCUCUGCCAUCCCUCUCUGCAGGCCCCAGAGACACCUGAGGUCACAGGCCACAGCAGGGUGCAGCCUGGAGGUUGGGCAGCAGCUUGACUCUAGGCAGCAGCUCUGGGCCCAGCUCAGGCCCCAGCCCUGGGUCUGGCCACAGCCCCACAGCCAGGGUCAGCCUGCACUGCUGCCUGGAGCCCAGCCCAACAGUACAGAUACCCCCAGAGCCUUGCACGACUGUCCCAUUGCUAACCUGUGACUACCUCUGCCUGCCCUCCAGUAGUCACCAACCCCAAGUUCUCUGGCUGCCUCUCCUUUGACCAGGGAACUUUAGGGUCGCCCAACUGUCCCCUCAUUCACCUGUGACCCUUAACCAACCCUGCUUCCUCCAGGGCCCUUCCCUGCACUCCACCUCCAGCCUCCAGGACUCAGCCUCCCUGCUGGGGACCCAGAGCUCUAUGGAGCAGUUUGAGGAAGCUCUCAGCCAAGAUUCCAGCCCUGCAGGGGCUGCUGUGGCACACACACAGGGUUACUCUGCUGGAGCCCCAGCCCUAUGAGCCCAUCCCCAGCCUGCUGACC